AUGCCACCAACUUCAAGAGGAGCCUUCCUCGUUCUGCGCUUGAUCCGUCAUGCUUCUUCCGCCUCAACCAUCAACACCCGAACCGCCCAUACUCGUACACUCCCUCCUCUGCCAUCCUUGCCAACACCCAAAAGAACCCCCCAAUUCAAAACUCCUUCCCGAAUUCAUGCCGAAUCCCAACCCUCUAACCCUCGCCCCUCAAUCUUCCAAGUUCUCCGGUCUCCAACAACCCGACGUUUGGUAUGGUACUUGGUGUUUGUGGUUCCGCCGGUCGCCUUCUUCCUAUCCCAAUUCCCUCUACGCAUCGCGACUGUCCGUGGCCCGUCUAUGCAACCAUACCUCAAUCCCACACACUCUCCAGACCUUCCGGAGCCAGCCCCCGACCGCAUCUUGCUCCAAAAGGUCACCUUUCCAGGUCGUCCAAGCGUCGUCUUCAACAACCCACCCUUCCAGCUCCACCGAGGCCAAAUUGUAAUCUUUUAUGCCCCUCACGACCCGAAGAAAUGGGCAAUAAAGCGUAUCGUCGCCGUGCCUGGAGACCGCGUGACACCUCGACCGAGCUAUCCCGGAGGUGACGGCCCAGUCGUUGUACCUUACAAUCACAUCUGGGUCGAAGGAGACGCAGACGGCCGAGACAAGACCGUCGACAGCAACUGGUACGGCCCGAUAAGCCAGAACCUUGUGAUCGGGGUAGCCAAAGCUGCCUGGACGCCGUGGUCGUGGCCGUGGCAGUGGCGCGGCCUGGGAAACUGGACCGAUCACGAUUAUCCCGCCAAACGACAGGGGCGAGUGGAAGAAGAUGUCGUGGGCGAGGCCAAAGUCGAUCCCGACAAGGUGCAUAUGGGUCAGGCGUUUGCCGAUGGAACGGCAGCGAGGGAGUUGAUUGCCCUCCAGGCCAAGAGACAACGUUUACCCGAGAUGAUGGCGGACAGGAAAAAGUUGGAUAAACUGCGCACGAUAUACACGUAUGCAAAGUUGGAGUUGGAGGAAAACAACCCGGAGUCGGUGGACGUGGCGCAGGCAUUGGUGGACGAGCUGGAGACGGCGUUCAAAAGUGUCGGCUUGCACGAGGACGGGAGUGAAAUCCCACCUAUACCGUACGCUAUUCAGGAGGAGGAAUCGAAGAGGAAAGAGUUUGAAAAGUACCUGGACAAACAGCGGGCAAAGGGGGCGAUUUCUGCAUCUUCUCCUACCGACUUGAGCACGGCAUGA